CUUCACCGAGCUGGGCUACAGAUAAAGAACCUCUAUAAGGGUCACUCCAUGAGUGUUCUUCGGUGUUUAGCUGUCGCGGUUCAGCGUGUUGACGCGAGCUGAGAUUUUCCGCUCAGAGGAGAACGGUCUGCCACAUCUCAUCUGUCACUCAGAACCGCCAGUACUUCCGCUCUGUCAGGGGACCUUCAAAGCGCAGCAGGAACGCGACUGCGCAGCAGGGAGCGCUUGACGCCGGACAGAAGAACUGCGAGAUGAAGAAGGACAGCGCCCUGAGCGGAAUGGGAACCAGUUCUGAACGCGUUCAGCAUCGCAAUGGGACAAUCUCGGUUUCCGGGGAUCUUCAAUCCUAGGACUUGACGUCGUUGGGGCUUUGAUGUGCUGCAGAACUAGUCGACCCUCCAAGCAUGAAUCAGUAGUCUCCUCAAAUCAACAGGUCCUGGUAACCAGUGUCUCCCCCCCCCCAGCGCUACAGGGUCCAGGACAGAGGUCAGAGCCGGCCCAGAGGACCAGGAUGUUCACCGGCUCCACCAAGAACCCCCCCGCCAAGACCCCCCAGCCUGACAGGCUGGAUGAGGUCUACGCAGCCCUGCGACGCGGCCUGCAGUCCUACCUGCAGGUCCACCAGCUCGAGCUGGACAGCCUGGGCCAGCAGAUCAGAGAGAACAAAAGGAACGGCCGUCUGGGGUCUCUCUAUGAACAGGAUAAGCAAGUGAAGGCCAUCGAGAGGUUCAUGCGGCGCCUGGAGUUCCACCUCAGCAAGGUGGAGGAGCUGUAUGACGCCUACUGCAUCCAGCGCCGGGUUCGGGACGGAGCGAGCAAGAUGGUGGCGGCAUUCCACUCGGCCAGCGGCAGCCGGGAGGCCCGGGAGAGCCUGAGUGAGGCCAACAAGGGCUACAGGGAGUGCACCGAGCACAUGUGUUCGCUGGAGAGCGAUCUGGAGAGCCAGAUGGGGGAGUUCCACAUAAAGAUGAAAGGUCUCGCUGGGUUUGCACGGUUGUGUGCCGGGGACCAGUACGAGGUGCUGAUGCGCUACGGAAGGCAGCGCUGGCGCAUGCGGGGCCGCGUGGAGGUGAGCAGUCGGCAGGUGUGGGACAGCGAGGACUAUAUCUUCCUGCCCCUGGUCACCGAGCUGCUGUCCAUCAAAGUGACGGAGCUGAAGAGCCUGGCCAACCACGUGGUGGUGGGCAGCGUCUCCUGUGAGAUGCUGGACCUCUUCUGCCCGCUGCCUCAGACCCUGGCCGUGGACAUCAACGACCUGGGCACCGUCAAGCUCAACCUAGAGGUGACUUGGAGCCCCUUCGAUAAGGACGACCAGGUGUCCUCCGCCAGCACCGUGACCAAGCGGCUCUUAUCCAAUCAGAGCCCUCCGGACACGCCCUCCAUGCGGGAGCAGGUGUUCUACUCCCUACUGCGGCGUCAGGGCGACCCGGAAAACGGGACUCUCUGGUCCAACUCCUCCGAGUCGUCCGACGACUCGUCCAGCCCGGCGCUGGGGGGCCACGCCCACCGGCUGGCGGGGGCGUCGCCUGCGCUGCAGGCCACGCCCCCCCGACAGCUGUCCUUCGCCCCCCGCCAGCCCAGCACCUCCACGCCCUCGCUCUCGUCCAAUCAGGGGGAGGACGAGCCGGAGGAGGCUGGGCCGGAGGCGGGCUUCACCCAGAUGCUGGGGGCCCGCAGCUUCUCAGUGCCCAACGGCCACCUGCAGAGCUCCAAGUCGGACCCCCACCUGGGGGGGGUGGCGCCCCACGAGCCCCCCCAGCCCCGCAGCACCUCCUUCCCCAGCGUCUUCUCCCCCAGCGCCGCCCUGCUGGGGGGGCGGGCCGACGUGCUGGCAGAGUGCCACUCGUCAGAGGAGAGCGUCUGCAGCCAGGGGGGGGGCCCAGGGGGGGCCAGGACUCACCGGCCCCGGGCCCCGGAGAAGACAGAACCAGGGGGUCGGGGGGCCCGCUGGGCCGGAGCUUUGAGGAGGAGGAGGAGCAGAAGGGUUCUGAGGAACACAAGGAGGAGGCGAAGACUGAGGAGACGCAAAGGCGAUGACCACCAGGAGGGGGAGGGGGCGGAGCUAGACAUCCUCAUGGAGGCUCCGGAAGGCUUCCGCAACUCGGACGAGGACUGCUGCUACUUAUCGCAGGGGUCGAGUGCUGAGGACCUGCAGGAGGCCUGUGACGUGGAGACGGGGGCGCUGACCCAGGAGGAGGGUAAGGAGCUCAGAGGAGACUCAGACCAGUGUGAGGAGGGUCACGGAGUCCACCAGACGGCAGCGCUGUGGAAAAACAGUUGA